UUGAAGUAAAGGAGUCAUCUUCUCUUUGUAGUUGAUUUUAGCCUAUCUCUCUUCCUUUAAAACAACGAAUACGAGACUGAGACAUCAUUUUUUAUCAAGGCGAGUUUGGCACAACCCCACAUACGGGAAAAGGUCUGCAUUUGAGGGAUUGUUACUGGUUUGAGCAAUCAAUUAGCUACAAAACAUGGGAUCAUUUGAAACAGAAACACGGCUUUUUUCAAGGCCUGCAACUCCUUGAUUAGAAAGGUAUACCGCAAGUGGAGGAAGUGAAAACAGGACUGAGGUAUGGGGAAGUCUAGUAAAGACAAAAGAGAUGUGUACUACAGACUGGCGAAGGAGGAAGGCUGGAGAGCUCGUAGUGCAUUUAAACUACUACAGAUUAAUCAAGACUUCAACCUGUUUCAAGGUGUGAAAAAAGUGGUAGAUUUGUGUGCAGCCCCAGGAAGCUGGAGUCAGGUGUUGUCAAGGAAACUCAGAGGUGAGGACGGGAAAGAUGAGGAUGUUAAAAUAGUAGCUGUAGACUUACAGGCAAUGGCACCCAUCCCAGGGGUGAUACAGCUACAAGGGGACAUUACAAAGAAAUCAACAGCUCAAGAAAUAAUAGGCCAUUUUGAAGGGGAGCAUGCUGAUCUUGUCGUAUGUGAUGGAGCACCAGACGUCACUGGACUUCAUGAUAUCGAUGAAUACAUUCAAGCACAAUUGUUGUUGGCUGCACUGAACAUUACUACUCAUGUCCUGAAGACUGGAGGAACAUUUGUUGCCAAGAUAUUUAGAGGCAAAGAUGUCACGUUGCUGUAUUCACAACUGAAAAUAUUUUUUCCACUGGUGUCUAUAUUUAAGCCGAGAAGUAGCCGGAAUUCUAGUAUAGAGGCGUUUGUUGUUUGUCAGGGCUAUGCUCCACCAGAAGGCUACCAACCCAAUAUGUCCAAUCCACUUCUGGAUCAUCGUUAUGAUGUAGAUUUUAACAAUCUGGAGGGUCCUAACAGGGUCAUAGUUCCUUUCUUGGCUUGUGGAGACCUCAGUGGGUUUGACUCCGACAGAACCUACCCACUCCAGCUGGAGGAAGGAAAGGGUUAUGUCUAUCAUCCCCCUACACAGUCUCCCAUCAGUCCUCCAUACAAAGAGGCAUGCCAUCUUAGAAAGACUGACCAACUUGCCAAGCAGGAAGUGCAGACAACUUGUCCUGCUGCCAAGGCAACUGUAAAUAACCAAGACAUCGCCAUGGAAGGAGCUUGUGGUGGUGAAGAACAUUCUCACAAAAGUGAUAAUAAUAGAACUGAUGACAACAUUUCGUGUGAGGAGAAAAUACCCCAGGACUUAUCUGUUCAAUCACAGCUAAAUGAUAUGACUUUAGAUAAUUAAUUGAUGUUAUGUUUAUCAUUA